AUGGCUAGAUUUAAAACAUGUUAUGGAGCAUUACAUGCCAAAGUUGAAGGUGCGAAGGUCUUAUGGGAAUUAUCUGAACUAAGUUGGGUGAAGGUGAAUACUGAUGGGGCAUCAAGGGGAAAUCCAGGAAGGAGUUCUUUUGGUUUUGUGUUGAGAGAUAAAUACGGUGAUAUCCUGCAUGCACAAGUAAAGGAAAUCCAUGAAGGGACAAACACUAAAGCUGAAGUUAUGGCUAUGCUAGAAGCACUGAAUUUUUUGAAAACCCCAGUUUUACAACUACUCGAAUCUGUUCAGAUCUUUGUAGAUCUGAAAGGGUUCGAGUAUUAUCUGUCACUUUCUCUUGAAGAUCUCCAAUUCUGGCUAACUAUUUCGACUCCAUUCGCUUUCUUCUGA